UCCCGCACUGAUUUGCGAGCGGGGCAGAGCGCGAGUCACAGUCCUGCCCGAGGCGAGGGGGAGGGCACGAGAAGACGCGCGCGCGAGAGAGAAAACACAGAGAACCUUUCGGCGAGCGCAAUUAAAAGGAGAAGUGCUGGUGAGCGUGGGCUAUGCGCGCAACACCGCGGGAGCGCAGCGCACACAGGAGGUGAACGCUCGUGGAGAGGCUUCAGACCCACCAGUCUCCUUCUUCCCAGAAGUCCGUGCAGCCGAGAGGAGAGGAGAGGAGCGGGAUAAAGGACAGAGGAAGCGGCGGAAGAGUCCUGCUCGGCGGCUUGUUUUUCCCGGGAAAGAAAAAUGAAUGUCAGCGAAGAGAACCUGCUCAAGUCCAUCAGCAACGACGCGCUCCUCGACCUGACGCAGCGCUACGGCCAGUCGGCUUUCGGAUUCGGCCCGGGCCACGGUCCCGGGAGUCCCGCUCGGUUCCCGCUCACGCCGGCCACCGAUUUCCUCGCCGGGCAGAAGACCAAGUCCAACGAGAGCGGCGGGGAGCACACCAGCGACGACGAGGACGGCUUCGACUCGCUCGAGUCCCGCAAGAGAGGCUCGCCGUUCGGGGACGACAAGCCCGGGGGGCCCCUCGCCAAGAAGUCCAAGGAGCAGCGGUCCCUGCGGCUCAGCAUCAACGCGCGCGAGCGCAGGAGGAUGCACGAUCUGAACGACGCGCUGGACGGCCUGCGCUCCGUUAUCCCGUACGCGCACAGCCCCUCGGUGAGAAAACUCUCCAAAAUAGCCACCCUCCUCCUGGCCAAGAACUACAUCCUCAUGCAGGCCCAGGCUCUGGAGGAGAUGAGGCGGCUGGUGGCGUACCUGAACCAGGGACAGGGCAUGACCUCGCCCAUCCCCGCCGCCCUGGCGCCCUUUGGGCAGGCGGCCGUGUACCCGUUCUCGGGCUCUGCGCUCGCCACCUGCGCCGAAAAGUGCUCCACUUAUUCCGGGACACCGGCGAGUCUCUUCAAACACUGCAACGACAAGCCUUGAUUGGGCUUUUUCAUCCUCUCGCCCGAACUUUUACCCAAACAUGUCGAUAUCCCCCGCUCUAUCUCUCUCUCCCUCCCUUUCUCCCUUCCCCCUCAAGUUAUUUAAACAAAAAAAAUCAUUCCAUGGAAAAUCAAACCAGUUGAAGUCUGAAGGAUAAUGUGGUUCAUUACACUGCAGUGUUUUUAUUGGGAUUAGACAAAACGCCACAUAAAAAAAAAAAACACGUCGGGCCUUAAGAUGGAGUCACUUUGGAGACACUAAACUGGCCAUGUCCAAAUUAUGACUUCGGGUACAUUUUUAGCAGGAUUAGGUUAGCUGAUCUUAUUUGUAAGCUAUGCAACAUUUAACAACAACAACAUUAAAAGUAGAAAUGACCUUAUCUCCGCUUUCCAAACAACAAUUGUGAAAGGACUUCCCUCCACUGACUGAUGUGCGCGAGGAACAAAUGUGAUGUUGGCUGGUAUAUUUUCUGAAAGGAUGUGUUGACAAUUGUUUUUUUUAUUAUAAUUAUGAUUAUUACCAUUAUUUUUAAGUUAUUGCACAUCUCACAUGAUUGUAUUGUACAACUAUUGUGGAAAAUAUCUUGCUCCGAGCCCGGCUAUUCUCAUGGUUAUAUAAGUGCAGCCUAUUGAAGAGGCGUCUCUGGUUGUGUUGCAACAUGGAUUUCAUAUAUUGUUUAUAUGUCUUUAUAAUUAAAAACACAUAUCUAUGA